AUGGAAACAUUUUUACCUGGAGACGGAUCAGAAGAGUACAAAAUAACACCCAAGGACGGUGAAAAUGGUAGCAGGUACAAGGAUAAAGAUUAUUGGGAUCCUUUCGCCGUGAGAAAAGUCGCGGAUCCCACAACUGACUGUGAUACGUUAACGCAUCUUUUGAAAGCUUCACUCGGUACCGGUAUAUUGGCAAUGCCGGAUGCUUUUAGAAAUACCGGUUUGACAUUAGGGAUAUUUGCCACAAUUUUUGUGGCUUUCCUUUGCACGUAUUGUUCGUACCUAUUAGUUAAAUGCGCUCACGUUUUAUAUCACAGAACGAGAGUGACGUCGAUGAGUUUUGCCGAAGUUGCCGAAGCGGCUUUCAAUUCCGGACCUAAACCUGUUCAAAAAUAUGCAUCCUUUGCAAAAUUUAUCAUACAGUUCGGAUUGUGGCUCACGUAUUUUGGAACGUGUAGCGUUUACACGGUCAUCAUCGGUAAAAAUUUUGCUCAGGUCGUGGAUCAUCACACUGGAGAAGAAUUAGAUCAAAGAUGGAUCAUCGGGGGAUGUCUCGUUCCGCUCAUUUUACUCAGUUGGGUACCCAAUUUAAAAAAACUCGCACCCGUUUCGAUGGUGGCAAAUAUUUUCAUGGGAGUCGGUUUGGGAAUAACUUUUUAUUAUUUGGUUUGGGAUUUGCCACCGAUAAGCGAAGUCCCCCAAGUCGGUUCCAUCGAUAAUUUUCCAGUUUUUUUCAGUUUGACCAUUUUCGCUAUGGAAGCCAUCGGAGUGGUCAUGCCGCUGGAGAACAAUAUGAAGACUCCAACUCAUUUCCUUGGAAUAUGCGGAGUACUCAAUCAGGGAAUGUCCGGAGUCACGCUCAUAUAUAUUUUCCUUGGAUUUUUCGGUUAUUAUAAAUUCGGGGAAGAUUGUAAAUACGGGUCAAUUACUUUGAACCUUCCGGUCGAAGACUACGCUGCCCAAGCCGUUAAAAUUCUCAUCGCUCUCGCCGUGUUUUGUACUUACGGUCUACAGUUUUACGUUUGCCUUGAAAUUACCUGGAACGCAAUUAAGGAUUAUUUUCAAAAAAAUCAAAAAUUCUGGGAAUACGUCGUUCGUACUCUACUCGUUACGUUUUCAGUCGUUCUUGCCAUAAUUGUACCAACGAUAAGUCCGUUCAUCGGUCUCAUCGGAGCCUUUUGUUUUUCAAUUCUCGGUCUCAUAUGCCCCUGCGUCAUCGAAGUGAUAACAUAUUGGGACGAUCUCGGAAAAGGAAAAUGGAUAAUAUGGAAAAAUUUACUCAUAGGUUUUUUCGGAGUUUUAGCUCUCGUUUUUGGAACGUACACGAGCAUAUUGGACAUAGCGUCCCUCUACGCUCCAUCAUCGGAUGUCGUCGAACCGAUGUCGGAUUUUGGAAACGUUACGGAAAGUUUUAAUUCUACUACUCCGUCGUGGUAG